GGCAACACUGUGUUACAUUUCCUUGAUUAUCUAAAUGUUAGGAUUGUUUGAUUUGUCCUGGAUAUAAAUAGUUAUCAUAAUGUUUCAGACAGCAUUAGUAAACCUGGAAAAAUAAAUUGAAAUUGUAGUCAAGAUGAAUGAUAGGGAUAUUCCAAGUGUCCCUAUUACAACAUUAGCAGGAGUAGCCAGUUUGACUGACUUAUUACCAGUGCUUCCAUUACCAACACCUCUGCCAUCAACGCUGAAUAAUAAGUCACAACUAUUUCAUCCUCGUGUUGCUGAAGAAGCAGCUAUACUGCUAGCAACUCGCGACGAUAACUUGGUUUCCUUGUUAUUACAAUCGCUUAUGCAGACAUCAGUGCAACAUAUAGAUUUAAAGGAUGAAAGUAUACCUAAUGCAGUCAGUCCUGCCCCUGAACAAACUACACCUGAACUAUUGAAAGCAAUAUUACAUGUAAAUCCCAAUGUAUUUGACCAACAGCAAAGAAACCACUGGGGUAACCAUUUACACACCUCUAAAUUCAACGGACUGUCACCAUCUUCUACAUAUAGUUACACAUCACAUAACACAGCCCAUUCAAGUCCUUCAACACAUGGGCACAUUGCAGGGCAUCAUCAUGAGUCCGCUUCCAUUCCCAACCAGGAGCUUUUAGCUACCCCAUGCCAAUCCUCACCUCAUGUUAAUAUGGGCUCACCACCCUCACAAGCCAGACCAGGUAGCCAAUUAAAUAUUACUGCCCAAAAUAAUGUUUCUCCACCCUGGAAUAAUUCCAAUCAGUCCAAUGUAUAUACAAGCUCCUUGACAAAUCAAAAUCCUCAGAACGGUGGAUUUUAUAACAGUUUAGUUCAAGAUAAUAGAAACUUUGGAACUAGUUUAAUGGAAGAAAAAGAUCCACUAUCCAUGGACUGUGACAUGUCACCAACGAGUAUGACUGAUGAACAAAAACAACAUAUGCAGUUGCAAGACAAAUCUUAUGAGCAAGAUGGCAACGUGGUAACAGGUCAAUCGCCAGCUCAAGCUAGUGUAGCUCCUUCUCCUCUGCGUCAAGAGCCGCAAGUGCCACAACCAUCUAUGGGUGCGCCGUAUGCACCCCCACCUGUUACACAAAGCACUAAUCAGGAAAAACAAGACCCUAAAAGUACAACAGUUAUGAAUAACCGAUAUCCAGUUGUUAAAUUAGGGCGCCUAUCCGAGGGUAUAUUGAAAAAACAUGAGCUACCAAAUGAGGAGAUGCCAAGGAAAAACAGCACAGCUGACUCUGAUUCAGAUGACAAUUUGCCACUGAAAUCCAAAUCAAUUAAUUCCAUGCAAACUGUAGACAAAGAGAAAGAGGCAAUAGACAUAGCAAGAGAAAAGAACUGGGAAGCAGUGAAAAGAAAACAUGAAGAAGCUAGUAAAAAAGAGGAAGCUGAAGCUACUAUUGUUCGUCCCAAAUUACGAAAAGUUGAAAAAAGAUUGGUUCCCGUUUUGGAAGUAUUAUCAGUUGAUGAAUUAAUGGAGACAAAUACAUAUCAGCGGUUUAACAAACUUAUCGAGUCUGUUUUUGAAACCAUUGAUGAUGACAUAAUUAUAACAGAUGAAAUGGAAGGUCCAGAUAUCCCCGAAGAUGUGUUGCUACCACGCUAUCAACUACAGGAGCUAUGCUCAGAAGCGGCAAAGUUAAAAAACCUUGGUGCUAUGGAAGCCAUUCCAGCAGAUAAAUUAGUACGAUUGCUCAAUAUAUUGGAGAAAAAUAUAAGGGCAGCCGAGAAAAUGUCUUUAGUGGGAGACCCUGAGGACAGCGAAGAGAUGCGACAAAUUUGGAUAGAGUCUUCAUUGGAAAGAGUUAUGUGUGCAUCAGAUGCGUGCCUAACUGCUUUGUAUAUAAUGACCUCACCUAGUAUGCCUAAACGCAUAUUUCUAGAAGAUGUAAUAGAUAGAAUCAUUAUGUUUAUAAAGUUUCAACUCAACAAUACUAUAUACUGUGUAUAUGACCCGGUGUACAGUAUACAGAGCACUUCAAAAAAGAAAGUGGACGGUCGCAAGAGGCGUGGCGGCGGUGCAGGCAACGCGAGCAAGCGCCACGGUGGCGCAACGCGCGCGGUUCGCGAGCUGUACACGCAUGCGCACGAGUGCGUCACGCUGCUCGCCGAGCUGUUCGCCGCGCAUCACCUUACCGACACCACAGUGCUUCACGCCUCCACCGUGGGCGUCUCGCCAUUCUUCGUGGAGAACAUCAGCGAGCUACAGCUGUCCGCUUUGAAGCUUGUCACAACAAUUUUUACAAAAUAUGAUCAACAUCGGCGGCUAUUAUUGGAAGAUAUUUUAGCGUCAAUAGCACGAAUACCUAGUUCUAAACAUAACUUACGAUCAUUUCAACUGAGUUCGGAUCAACACAUUCAAAUGUUGACGGCGCUCGUCCUCCAACUCGUCCAGUCCGUUGUGACGUUACCAGAGACUCUUUGUAAGUCGCAAGACAAAGAUAAAGGAAAGGACCAAACGGAAUCCGAGAGCAAAAAACAUGUGGAUAAAGAUCUAUUAAUUAUAUCCAAGUACGAAGCAGCGAUUAGUGUUGGCGGAACAUUUCUGACUUCAUUCCUGAAUAAGUGCCGAAGUCGAUCUGAAGAAGUCGAUUUCAGGCCCCUGUUCGAGAAUUUUGUUCACGACCUAUUGACCACAGUCAACAAACCGGAAUGGCCAGCCACAGAGUUGCUGUUGAGUUUACUUGGGACUAUGCUGGUGAAAUACAUGUCGGACAAGUCAAUGGAGAUGUCUGUGCGCGUGGCAUCGCUGGAAUAUUUGGGGCUGGUGGCGUCGCGCCUGCGCAGGGACAGUGUCAGCUCGCGCGCCAAGCUCUCCUCCAUGGACGCUGUGGUGCGAGACAUACGCGCCGAGGAGGAAAAGGACGGCAGCCAGCCGCAGUACCUCACGUCGGGCUUGGAUGAGGACGAAGAAAGGACGGAAUUUCUCCAAAGGGUUUUGCUUGACUACUUGGCUAUCAAUGGACAAAAGGACCAAGCGUGGAAUUGCGCGAGGCAUUUCUACAUCACGCAGUGGUAUAGGGAUAUGGUAGUGCAGCCGAAGAGUUCGUCGCCUACAAAAAGGCCAAAGAACAAGAACAAGAGGAAAUACAAAGAUGAGAGUAGCGAAGAAGAAUCUGACCCUGACGACGAUAGUGACAGCGGAAUGAAGGAAUCGAAGUCGGACAGAAAACACGCUUCUAGCGCAAUCAUAUCAGCCGAAAAAUUUAAGACUAUAGAGCGGCGAAAACAUUUUUUCCUCGAAAAAAUUAGACCAUUCCGAUACCAAGGUGGAACGCAAGUACAAGUGAUGCAAUCCUACAUAGAUUACAGCGGAGCAGAGUUAAUUUCGCAAUACUUAGCGUCAAAAAGGUCGUUCUCGCAGAGUUUCGACAGGUAUCUAAGAAAAAUCUUAGUUAUAUUGUGUGAAAAUACGAUAGCUAUACGGACAAAGGCUAUGAAAUGCUUGACGAUGAUUGUCGAGGCUGACCCGGCGGUGCUGGCGCGGCCAGACAUGCAGAUCGGCGUCAACCGCUCCUUCCUCGACCAGUCCACAGCCGUUCGGGAAGCGGCCGUGGAUCUCGUCGGCAAAUUCGUACUCAGCAGGCCGGAUCUUAUUGAUAAGUAUUACGGAAUGCUCUCGAAUAGAAUAUUGGACACUGGUGUAUCAGUGCGGAAACGAGUGAUAAAAAUUUUAAAAGACAUUUGUAUAGAGUGCCCCGAGUUUCCAAAAAUACCAGAAAUUUGUGUAAAAAUGAUAAGAAGAGUGAAUGAUGAGGAAGGUAUUAGGAAGUUAGUGAUGGAAGUGUUUCAAAAUAUGUGGUUUAGUCCAUGUUCAAAUUCUUCGAGACACGGUGUCUUGGAUAUUACAGCGGCGACGGCCGAUCCGCUCACAAGGAAAGUCCUUAAUAUUACCGACGUUGUUGUAUCAUCGAGGGACAUGGGCCUCGAAUGGUUUCAGCAACUUUUAAUGAGUUUAUUUAAACCAAAAGAAGAUAAGGACGAUUCUACAAAAAUAAUUUACCAACCCCCUAAAUCUCUAUUGGUAGCUUGCCAACAAAUCGUUGACUGCCUUAUUGAACAUUUACUUCAGUUGGAAGAAACCAAUACAGAUGGAACAGGAUCCUCACAACGUAUAUUAGCGUGUCUCGCCACAUUACAUUUAUUUGCAAAAAUUAGGCCUCAGUUACUAGUUAAUCACGCGUUAACGCUGCAGCCAUACCUCAGUUUAAAAUGUCAGAAUCAAUAUGAACAACAAAUAAUGUCGACGGUGGCAUCAACGCUGGAACUGGUGGUGCCGUUGAUGGAGCACCCUAGCGAGGUGUUUCUGGCACAGCUGGAGGAGGACGCGGUCAAGCUCAUCUUGCAACGCGGCCAGCUUGUCAUCGCAGCCUGCAUCGCCUGUCUCGCUGCCAUCGUCAACAAACUCACGCACAACUACAAACUCAUUAGGGAUGUUUUCAAUAAAUACCACGGAGUGCUUCUACAAUGGAAAAACAGUUGGCAGCGAAAUCCGGAUAAAACGCGAGCUCUGCACACAAGGCCUCAUUUUCGGAGAUCGCUUUUCAUUGUAGGCCUUUUGUUAAGAUAUUUUGAUUUCACCGAUAGUAAAGUUAUAGAAGGAUUAGCGAGCGAUAUAAAAGAGCAAGUGUACAGUACGUUAAUGUUUUUUGUGGGAUUGGAAGAUGAAGACUUUGUGUCCAACACGCUCAAAUCUCUGGGGUCCGUGUGCGUGAGGCAUUACGAGUUCAUGUUACGGCCUGAGCUCAAAGAGUUUUACCACCAACUCCUCACGUCGGAACUCGCACCCAUAGAAAUGAAGGCUGAUGUGCUUAGAAAUAUAGAAAUGUACUUACAAGAAGAGGAACAAAGAAUGAUUAGGCAAGAUAGUGAAUGGUCAAAGCGAUCAAAGCAUGAAAACUUAAAGGAGAUGGGCGAUGUGUCUUCAGGAAUGGCAUCAACUGUUAUUCAGUUAUACCUAAAAGAGAUCCUGGGCUCCUUCCUUCACCCUAGCACGACAGUGCGCUCUAGCGCAAUGAAAGUAGUGCAGCUUGUGUUAGCCCAAGGUCUCGUUCAUCCUGUACAGAUCGUCCCCUAUUUAAUAAGUAUGAGCACCGACACAGAAGUGACGGUUUCGCAUACGGCUGACAAACACCUUCAAGAAAUCGAUAAGAAAUAUCCAGGGUUCAUUCAUAUGAAAGCGCAACUUGGAAUUAAGUUGUCAUACCAGUUGCAGAAAAUUUUACAAAGUAGUAAAAAGGGACUUAUUAGAGGGUUUAGGAAAAAAGACCAAGAUGAUUUACCUACUGCACUGAACGGUUUUUUAUAUUCGCUGCUGCGUAAUACGCGGCCGCAACGGCGGGCUUUAGUGUUAUCGUUACUAAAACAAUUUGAUGAUGUGUCUACGGCUCCGCUGGAUCAAAUGUUGUACCUGGCUGAUAACUUAAGCUACUUUCCAUAUCAAGUUCAAGAUGAAACCCUUUUUAUAAUACAUCAUAUUGAUAUUAUUAUUUCUACGUCGGGAUCAAAUUUACUACAGCUUUUUCGUGAGGGUCUGAUAAAGACGGGGAAUGAGGAGAAGGAGACUUUAGACGAGGAGGAAGACGAAGAGGAGGCGGACGCGUUGGAAGCUCGCCUGCCGCCACAGACGCGCCCACUGCGUGACGCCAUGCGCCAGGCGCGCGGCUGCCUACUGUUGCUAGUUCUCAAACAGCAUCUUAAGCAGCUCUACGGCUUCACUGACGCAAAAAUAAAUCAGUAUUCACCAUCGGAGAGCGUAAAGGUGUACGAAAAGGCCGUGUCGCGGCGGCACGCGCCCAUUUUCGAGCCUAAAGCUACCAUCGCGCAACUUCACGACACCAACGAUGACCACGAGCUCGACGAGCGCGGACGUCGGCGCCUCGUCGACGAUUACCUCGAGUUUAAACAAUUGAUGUUAAAAUUCGACCCGGAAGAGGAGGAGGACGAGGAGACUCCAGGAGCCGGCGCGAGUGCGAACGCUGGUACGGGUGCGGCGGGCGUGGCGGGCGCGGCUGCGGCCACGGGUGCGGGCGGCGAGGCGGGCGCGGGCGGCGCGGCGGGUGCGGGCGCCACCUAG